UCCAAUUACAACUAACAACCCGAAAUUACUACAUUUAAUUCGCUCUAGCAGCUCAUGUCAGUGCUAGCGUCACCAGUUUCGCGUGGGAUCAACAUACUUCAAAAGAUACAAAUCAUCAAGAGGGUCACAAGUGUAUCUGGACGCGUAAUCUGAGUUCUUGGCAGAGGUAUCCUUCUUCCAAAUAUAUGCGCCAACCAAGACGCCAAACCCAAGACUAAAAUCCUAGCUUGCUCGGAUGGAAACCAUAUCAGCUUCGGGGUCAACAACAGGAUCACCACCUGCAAGAAAGCAGCCGAGGUUGGACGUCGUGGCCUCUGCAGGCACAAUUCCUUUGAUACAUCGACCUAGCGGACUAGAUUGUACCUCUGAAUCUCUUAGAACACAGCCUUUUUACAAGAGCGUAGAAUGGUCAGCAGAUGGGACUACAGUGAUUGCAUCCUCUUCGGCAAAUCAAAUAUGUACCUAUGUACUGCCGUCGGAUCUCCUGGAGCCGAGAGACAACCCAUUUGAACUUGGGCCGCAGAAUGUCUUGACUCUUCCGGAGCCGACUAGGGCUAUAGCACCCUGUCCGUAUUUCUCUCUGGGAUACCACACCACGCAAACCGUUCUAGUCGGGUGCAAAGACCAUCCUCUACAGCUCUAUAGCUUGUUGCCCGAGGAGGCUCAAGCCACAGGGGAAUCAACCAGCCCACAUGCUGAAGAUGUGCCAUGCCGGACUCCACCACCAGCGGAUGACCCAAGGCCAUCUUCACGGUCAUCCGCAUCUUCUUCUUCAUCCAUUUCCUCCCCAACAUCUUCGCAAACCUCUCACACAAGCCCGCACUCCCCUCACCAGCGCCCACUGGCCUCGUACAAAUUCAUCAAGCGCGAGACGGAAGGCUACAUAAGCCCCUCGUCCCUCAUCUGGCCCCUGGCGCCCGGCACCCACUUCAUCGCCGGCGCCACCAACACAAUAGCAUACUUUGACGCCUCGCGCAAUGCCGAGGGGCCAGUCCUCACCAUCCCCACCAUCCCUUCGGCCCGCCAUAUCGCCAAGGGCUCCGGCGUCGGCAUGAAGGGCACCGUGGCCGCCCUGGCCGUCCAGCCGACCUCGGACAACAACGCGGGUCUGCUCGCGGCCGGCACCUGGACGAGCUGGGUCGGCAUAUACGACCUGAACCGCGCGGGCGAGUGCGUUGCGACCUGGCCCCUCGCCGGCCCUAAACGCGGGGGGAAGUGCUCAGGUGACGGCGGCGGCGUCAUGCAGGCCGCUUGGUCCCCGUGUGGCCGCUACCUGGUUCUGAACGAGCGGCGGUCCGCCGCCCUGGCGGUGUAUGACGUGCGCGUCACGGGGCGUCUCCUGGCCCGGCUCGCGGGCCGCGGCGGUGAAGAUGUCAACCAGCGCCUGAGCUGCGACGUGUUCCCUUCGUCGGAGGCCGAGGGUCUGUUCGAGGUGUGGGCGGGCACGCCUGAUGGGCGCGUGCUGGUGUGGGAUCGCGCGGGCGGAGAUGAGGGUGUCGUCGAGCCUACGUGGGAUUGGCAGGCUCAUGGGGCUGGGUCCGCGGUUGGAGCUACCGCUCUACACCCCGGAGGCUCGGUUUUGGCUACGUGUGCUGGUUCAUACUCUGUUCAAGACGAUGGGGCCAGCACCAGUGAGAGCGACAGUGAGAGUGAUUCGGAACCCCAUGGCAAGAAGCUGCCUAAGCUGCGAACUUCUGAGGAUAGGAGCCUGAAAAUAUGGUCCAUCAAAGCAUCUGAAGAUUGAUAAAAAGGAAGAAAAAGAGCAAUCAUCCAAGGCAAGAUAUCUAGAGCACAACACUAAAACUGGGUAGGUCUUAAAUCGUUGCAAAUUCGACUAAAGUCGCACCCAGAUCAACAUAUACCAUGCAUCGAUGAGCAACCACUGCAGAGUAUAAAACUCGCCCUACAUCCGGCCCCAAUUUUGAUCAACCACGUCGCUUACCCGAUCCAAAACUCUCCGACCUCCAAGAACAGACGUAUACCUCUGAGCCCUCUCAUUUGCCGACAUGUUGACAAACGCCGCAAGUCCCGAACCGCCCAAGAAGCUAGCCGCCUCCGUUCCGUAUGGACUUUGGAGCAGUCCGCACACCAUCUGAGCAGCAAAAGUGUUCAUCCCUGCUCGGCGAAGGAACAGUUCCCAGUGACUCUCACCCUGACAUAGGAGCCGAUAGAACGGGGCCUGUUCGAGCGACGCGCACUCCGUGGCUAGCGAGGCUACCCAUGUAGCUAGGGAAGUCUGCCCACCUCCGACCCAAAAGACGCUGACUUCUGCAACGUCUUGAAGGCUCCGAGCAAAGGCCUGGAACUCGGCAAAUGCAAGCGCGUCUGCCGGUGCCAUUGGUAGAAUGGUGUCAUCUAGGCUUUUGUCCGAAACCAGAACCACCAGGCGCUCGUAUCGUCGGCAAGUCUUGCGCACUUGUCGCUGCAAAAUACUGUCGCCGUCACAGCCCUGAAAAGGCCCUUGCCGCACGUGUACGGUUGAUGUGAGAAUGACCCCUACUCCGGGAGACAGAGUGAUGUCUGCUUCUUCUCCAAGCGAUGAUAUGAUGGUCGAUGGAGCCGAGGUGCCAGCUGCCCACGUUGAGUAGUUGUAAGCAUUAUAGUCCCUUUCUAUCAGCUCGACGCCUUGAAGAAGCCUUUCAAGCAGUCGAACAAGGUCUCUAGGUAGGCUGAUUGAAACAACCAACUUCAGCGGAAAGUCGGGAAGUUGAAUGCGAGGCACAGGUGCUGGCUUGGCGAUAUUUGAUGGAACAUCUCCGGGUGUGUUGGUGGUGCACUGCUGAGAAUUCUUGGUCGUUAACAUGGCAUUUGUCUUGUCUGACGGUUUCUCUUGUGCUCUAGGAAUGAAGCCAGUAAUUUGGCACCCUCAGGAGAUUUGUCCCCUAUAAGAAGUGUCUCCUCGCCGUUCAAUGGUGGUCUGCACUUGGCCCGUUUUGUAAAUGGCGAAGACUGGAGGGCUUCCAAUGCUUUUCUCUUCUUCCGAAUACAAGUCAUCAGGUCCUCGGAAUUUUCUGGAGUAGGUAGGGCAGACGCCGGCGUUGGAACCGGUGUUGGUUUCCUAGCGAAUGCUGGCUCCAGAUCAUCGUCAUCGAGAUCAUCAGCUCGCCUGAGGAGAGCAAGCUCUUUGAUCUUCCGGGAGAGUGCUGAAAUGCCUAAAACGUCAUCGUCAAAGGCACAAAACUCAUGCAGAGCACUUUCGUCGACCUCUUCUAGCACUUCGUCCCCGAGAACAAUACCGGUCGAUGAACUCAUGAGCCAUGGAAGAUCCCUUUCAGCUCUUUUGUCGAUUUUCCAUUUAGCUACCUGAAACUCAUCAGAAUGUCGCUCCAUUAUAUAUGCCAGCAUUUGCUUCUCUUCUCUGACGACAUCCUUCCAGUCAGCCUCUGGUGGAGUGGUGUCUAUCAUCGGCAGUUUAAGUCUGGCAAGACCAUCAAGGGGCUCGAUCUGUUCUUGUUCUGAUAACUUUCUCACUUUAUCUGCUGCCUCUCGGAGCUGAGCCGAAGCAUCAAUCUCCAGAAGAGCUGUUAAACUCGCAGUGUCCCUGUCUCCGAUCUCUUGGUCGAUGACAAAGGGCUCAAUGCCAUCUAUGAGCAGAUUUAUACCUGAUGGCUCAUCAAUAGUAUUUGCAACUAGAGGGAGCUCAAGCUUGAAGCCGUCAAUCUUCUUGUGAUCUCGCACCGGAAUUGCUGGUUCGUCCUCAGGUGUCGAGGUGAACAGAGUACCCUGGACUGGCGAACAGUUUGCCAGCGGCGAGCCUCCAGACAGGGGUUCGUUGUCCGUCUGGAAUAUAUGGUCUUCAAUUGCUUUCAGGUCGUCGCUGAGUAAAGAUCUGGGCUCUGAGGGUGAGGGGA